AUGAUGCGUGCUAUCAGAUUCCGUCCAGUCUUUUCUCAUGUAUUCAGACAUAGAUUGACUUCCAACCACUGCGUUCUGUUCUCCACUGCCACUCGCAAGCCUACCACUGCCACUGCCACUGGAAAGCCUGGUUCUGCUCAGCAAGCUGACUGGCAUCGUCAUAAUCCCACACCAUCAGAGGAUGCAGUUGUUGGUGACCAUAUCAAUGAGUCUAUCCCCGAAAUGCAACAACAUACUAUUGAUGCUAUUAAAAAGGAGCACCUUUCUACCAAAAAACCUGCUUCUAAAAAAUCAGCAUUUUGA